AUGUAUCCCCAUUUCUUUUUUAUUAUCUUUUUUGGAAGUUUUGAUUUUGAUGUGGAGUUCAAGGUGGAUGAAAUGUCGUUGACCUCAAAGUUAACGCUGCUGGGACGUCAAAAUGCUUAUGCAUUAUCUGCUAAUAUUAUUCAUGAACGAGGUGUCCACCAUCACAUGGAAAGGAGCGACAUUCUUCGAUAUCUCGGUAUAAAACGGUCUAAUACAGCAAAAGCGAAUAGGAAUACGCAUGUUAAUGAGAAGAAGUUUAGGCAGGUAAGAUUUAUUUUAUCCGUUAAACUUAUUUUUUUGUUUAGUUGAUGUUAAUAUUCAUUUUAGUUGAGAGGCAGAAAAAAUGUGAUGAUUGAGCUACCGGAUUAUGAAUUUGAAAGGAAAGGAAAGGACAUGUAUGCAGAUGAUAUGCGUAUUGCCAUGUUAAAGAAAGGCAUUAAUGUAAACAAAGAUGUGGCGGCUAGGCAGUGGAAUGAAUCCCAACUGACAAUGCAGACGUUCGGUAAGCAUUAGCAGGGAAUCUUUAUGAUUUUAGGUAUGUCAAUUGAUAAUUAUAUUCCACCCGAAGACCCGCUGCCUCUUCUUCCGGAGGUCAGUCAGAUUAUUUCCGGGACCAAAGCGAAGGCGUCUGAAGUUGGGGAAAGAGUAAAACAUCGAUGGCACAACUAUUUCAACGGUCUCAGGAUAAUCAAAAAGAAGGAGGGGCUCCAAAAUUUUAAGACAAAGGUAUUCCUUUGUCGAAAGCAUUACCCUUGAUAAAAUUUGCUCUUUAACUUAUUUUGCUUUUAGAAUUUCGUCCGUGAUGCUGAAAGAAUCUACAUUGAUGCCUUCAAGGCACUGUCUGAGAGAAACAAGUUGAGGUUGUUGGGAUUAAUAACCGAGCAUUGUUUUGAGGUAAAGUUUAUGUAAUUUUUUAUUGAAUCCUUUCAGAAAAUGUGGCCGGAUGUGGAGAAUAGAUCUCUCGUCUGGGAGUUCGUUGAAUUCUCGCAGCCUUCGCAGGUAGUGGCUAUUCGCGCCGGAGAUUUCCCGUAUAAAUCCGGGAAUUACAUUGCUCAGAUUACAGUGAAGAUGCAUCCAGUGAUUGUAAGUUUUCUUUAUUGUUGUUCUAGUUUAUGCGAUGUUUUGUUUCGUUGUUAUCCAAAUGACUGAACGAAUAGUAAAAUAAAUUUUUAUAGAAACGGGCGGUCUAUGACAGGUUUGGUCGCGUUUUGUUGGGACACCCAGAGGAAACGAAAAGUAAUGUGGAAUAUGUUCUCUUUGAGAAUCACAUAUCGAAUAUUGACGGAGUCUGGAGAAUGCAUGACAAAGUGUAUCCGUCAUGGACUCAGACCAAAGAUUCUAUUCACCGGCAUGAUCUUCUGGCUCGAUUAGAAGACGAAGAAGACAUCGACAGACCGGCUGGACCUAAAAAGUUCGAAUUGGGAAUCGAAGACAGAUUAAGGAGGGAGGAAAAGAAACAGCGGGAGAAGGAGGCCGAGCAGGACAAGGCCUAG